AGCUCGGAUCACGUGGCUUUGCGCGUUCCUCACCAAUCAGCAGGUGGCGCCAAAUCCAACCCAGUGACGUCAGUGACUCAGGCCUCGGUGUGUUUUCACCUGGAUGGCAGGAAUCAUCAUGCAACACCAGGAGCAUCACAUCAUGUUCAUGGACUUCUGUGAAGACACGCACUGUCUGCUGGAGGACGAUAGUCCCACAGAGAUGAAGAAGGAACACAAGGACGCAGAACUGGAUAAAAAGAUCGAGGCCUUACGGAAGAAAAAUGAAGCACUUAUGAAACGCUACCAGGAAGUGGAGGAGGACAAGAAGCGUGCGGAACAGGAAGGAAUGUCACUCCACAGCAGGAAGGGAAAGACUGAUGAUCUGACCAUCACCAUCAACAAAUCCUCCAACGAUCAGCGUGUGGUGACCGAGCGCUCGGGGCCCGGACGACUGAGAGACAGAGAGAAGGAGAAGGAGAAGGAUCCGGGAUCCAGUGUCUUCAGCAUCGGGAGAGGAAAGAGACGACAGCUGCUCAUCACAGCAUCAGGAAACAUCACGGGGAAGCGGGUGUUCGGCGAAAGAAAGGACAGAAACCGUCCUGUGAGUCCAGCGAGGAUGAAGUCCUGUGCUGAGGAAGAGCUGGAGUCCAACAACACACGAGUCCCGCAGUCUUUUGCUGGGUCUCAUUAUUGUGUGUUUGUUCAGGACGACGCAGAUCAAUGGAGUCGAUGUGAGGACUCGUCUGUCGUCCCGGUCACAGAGGCCGUCGCUGACCUGAACCUCGUCUCAUCCAAAGAAGAGCAGCUGGAGUAUCUGCGGUGGAAGAAGGAGCGCGAGGAGAUCGAUCGAGAGCGUGUGGCUCGACACAAGAACGCUGAAGGCCAGUGGAGGAGAGCCUGGGACAUGGAGAAGACCGAUCUGAUGUUCUCUAAACAGGAACCUGGAGGAACAUCAGACAGAGGAGGUCGAAACACCAGAAGAGGAAAUAUGAGAGCAGAAGCAUCCAGAGGUGCGAAAAACCUCGAACUCUUAAGUCAAGGUAAACAUUAAAAAAAAUAAUGUU